AUGGUUGAGGAGCAGCGAACAUCUGCCCAGCAGCUGGAUGCAUCCUUCAGUACAAAUGCCACCUUGGAGAUAUUCGAGGUUGACUUCAGGGAUCCCUCCCUGGACAUGAAGCAGAAAGGAACACUUCCUGCCUCAAACAGGUUUCAUAAGCUGAUCUGGGGUAACUUUGGAAACGGGUCCCCGGAGUCCUCCGGGGUGAUUGUUGGUGGAGGAGAUAACGGUGUGCUGACAAUGUACAGCGUGCACCGGAUCUUGACUUCGAAAAGUGAGCCCGUAAUUGGGCAAACAGAGAAGCACUCAGGUCCUGUUCGAGCUCUUGACUUCAACCCUUUCCAGAGUAACCUCUUGGCUUCUGGAGCCAACGAUUCUGAAAUUUUCAUCUGGGACUUGAAUAACUUCAGUGUGCCUAUGACUCCAGGGGCUAAAUCACAG